GCAGCGCCGCGCUCGGCGGCGGUCGGUAGCGCCCCGCGGCCAUGGAGGAGUUCCGGCGGGCCUACGAGCGGCUGUGCGCGGCGCCGCAGGAUGCCGUGCUGCGGCGGCUGAGGGAGCGCGGGGAGGCGCCGGGUCGGGCCCGCCUGGACCUGACGGAGCAGAGCCUCUCGCUGGAGACGUGCGGAGCGCUGGGCCGCCUGCUGCCCGGGGCCGCGCACUUCGCCGAGGUGGCGCUCGGAGAUUGCGGCCUGAGCGAGGACGGUGUGAAACUCCUGCUGCACGGCCUGUGUUCCAAUACCACCGUCAAAUCUUUGGAUUUGAAGGGCAAUAACCUGCGAACCACAGGAGCUGAGGCACUGGGAAAACUUCUUAGGCAGAACAAAUCUAUCAGGAGCUUAAUCCUGGAAUGGAACAGCCUGGGUGUAUGGGAGGAAGGCUUCUCCUUUUUCUGCCAGGGACUGGGAGCAAACAACUUUCUCCAGAAGUUAGAUCUGCGCAACAACCAGAUCAACCAUCAUGGGGCAGGAGAGCUGGCCGUGGCACUGAAACGAAAUGCCAGCCUUCAGGAGUUGGAUCUACGUUGGAAUAACAUUGGGCUUCUGGGAGGCCGAGCUUUGCUGAACUGCCUGCAGAGCAACAAGACCCUGAAGAAGCUGGAACUGGCUGGGAACAACGUUCCCAGUGACAUCCUGAAAGCUGUGGAACAAGCCAUGGAUCACAACCAGGACCGUCAGACCAUCCUCAGUGAGACACAGCACCGAACUUGUGUGCUCAGCAAGGAGAUAUUGAAUCUGAAGGAUGAGAAGACCAAGCAGUUCUUGGAUUUGAUGGACACUAUAGACAAACAGAGAGAAGAAAUAGCCAGGAGUGGCAGGAUAUCUGCAGGACGUGUCAGCCAGCUGCAGGAAGCAUUGAAUGAGCAGCACUCUAUUAUGAAUUCACUGAAAGCCAAGCUGCAGAUGACUGAAGCUGCCCUGGCUCUGUCUGAGCAAAAGGUGCACAACCUGGGAGAGCUGCUGAGUGCCACGAAACAGGAACAGGCCAGCAUGGCUGAGCGCCACUUUGCAGAGCUCCAGCAGCAAAAACAGGAAGGUGCUGAGCGGGAAGGCAAGCUUUUCCGGGACUUAUCUGCCAGCAAUGAGAAGAACUUGCUUCUAAGAAACCAGGUGGAUGAGCUGGAGAAGAAGUGCAAAGUGCAGCAGGAUCAGUUAUUCCAGCUAAAACAAGACUUGACCAACACAACAGCAGAGCUGAAGCUGCGGGCUGUGCAGGCUGAGGAGCGCCUGGAAAUGGAAAAAAGAAGAUUUAAACAAAGUCUUGAAGACAUGGAAUCACUUCGCUUAAAAGAGGUGGAUCACUUGACGCAGCACAUGGAGGCCAGUGAACGUUCUAUGCAAGACAGAGUGCAGAGGCUGGAGGCCAUCAGGAUAGCCCUGGAGGAGGAGCUGAGCCAAGUCAAAGCAGCUGCACUCACUGAGCGAGGCCAUGCAGAAGAAGAGUUAAUAAAGGUUCGGAAUCAGGCACGGUUGGAUGAGCAGCAACGAGUGGAACACCUUGAAGAGAAGCUGCGGCUGAUGACUGAAGCACGUGAUGAAGCUCAGAACUGCUGCCUCAAACAAAAACAAAUGGUUGGUGAGGCCCAAGUCAAGGCCAAUCAAUUGAGCCUGCAUGCUGAUGGACUCAGAAGGAGAAUAGAGGAACUUCAGCAGGAUCUGAACAGUAAGGAACAGGAAAAAGUGACAGAAGUAAAUAAAGUGAAAGUGGAAUUACAGGAGCAGAUUGGACACCUACAGGCUGAACGUACAGCGCAGGAAGGGCUGAGAGAGAAGAUUGCAGCCCUGGAGAGACAGCUGAAAGUCUUGUCAAGUAAUCACCGAGAGGCACUGCUGGACAAAGAAGGUGAGAUCUCUAUGUUGAUGGAGAAGCUGAGAAUGAAAGAGGCUGACAUCUCCAGGAUGAAAGAAGAAGAAGCCCAGCGAGCAAGUAUAUUGCAGAAUGCCAUCAUGGCAUAUGUGCAGGGAUCCUCCUUGGGAACCCACAGUUUGAGGAAAUGAGAGUGUCUUAAAGAAUCCAGGUACCAGGAUGAGGAUAAGCUACUCAGGUACAGCCCCUUUUUUGUAAAUGAGAAUCUUUUGUCAGAGCUGGGGAGACCUGAAGGUUUGCAAGGAGAAAACUCCUCUUGUUCUUCAGAAAUCUUGUUCCCAGCAGCAUAAAGGAGAGGAGGAAGGAGCCAUACUCAGCUCAGAUAGAAGCUUAUGGGUCUGAAUUUGUGAUGUAGAGUCCUUAACCUGCACUGAUACAGUAUUUGAAGCUGUUUCUGUGCUCUUUACAGUGCCAUUCUGCCAGCAUCCUUUGUUAAUACUGGUGUGAUUUUAUGUUCUCUGAAAAGCAGUUGUUCUGAAGCACUAGUUUGAAUACCAGGGCUGAUCACAAUGCAGCCUUGUAAAUGAUGGGUAGCAAUGUUAAGGGUCCCUGGAUGUGGGAGCCAUUUACUUCACCCUGAGCCACGGGGUCCAGGAGCUGCUGGAAAGGACAAAUCUUUGUGUGCCCAGUGGUUAUGGAUGCAAGCAGUGGCUGACAGCUGACUUUGGCUUUUUGCCUUGUCCCUCUGUGACCCUGGCUGUAGUGAUGGGCACUACAGGAACAUUUCUAACACACAGGAACAGCUGUAUGGAGAGGGACUGCUGUGCAGUGUCGAUCCAUAUCCUCGUUGGACAGCUGGGAUUGGGCCAUGGUUCACACCUCUACAACACCAACUGAGAGAGGAGUCUGUUUUCCUCCUUACUUGAAUUCAGCCCUUUGUUAGAGUUCUUGUGGCAAAAAUGCAAGAAGAUUUAAUUCCAUUAUGACUUUUGGCAAAACUCCUCCUAGCUUCUCAGGAUCUGUUGUUGGGGCCUUACCCUGGAGGUGAGCUGUGGUUCUGACGGGCUGGGGAGGAGGAGCUUCCUUUCCUUGGCAGCAAAGGUCCAUCAGGUGGCACAGAAAAAGGGACAGGACUCCAGGAUGAGAUCUUCCUGCUGCUUUUUCCAUUGAGUCUGUGUGGGAAAAAUGAAUGUUUCAAGAGCCAGCUGGACAACAAAACUUUGCGUGGACUGCUUGGUUUGCGUUCUCGACUUUUAUGUUUUUAUUUCUAAAUCGUUUUGCUGUGCUGUUUUAAUAAAGAGCUUUUACAUUUUCCAUAA